CCGCUGCUGUGUACUCUCCACUCUCCGGAAGAGGAUCUUCUCCAUCCAUUCACCUCCUCCCCUUUAUCUCUGGGCCGUGCGCCUGCGCUGCGCUCUCCUCCCCCAUCAUCAUCUCCAGCUGCUUCUGCCGCCGCCGUGCGCCCGUCUCUCAUCUCCCCGAGCAGCAGGGCCUCUUGCACCGUGUGUGGGGCGCAGGGCAGGGGGAGGGUGGGGGAACAGGAGCAAACAGAAGCCUAAAGGAGACAGGGGCUGGGCGGCCAGAUGGAAUGUCCCUGCAGCCGGGAGAGCAGAGCUUGGGGAUAGACUUGCCACUGCCAUUGAUCCCCCUUAUUAUGGUGACCAGCCGUGCUGCUGUCUAUAGCACUGCCCCCCGCGGCUCCCUUUGGUGCCCACCGUGCCCCGGGCACCCUCUCGUCUCCAGCGUGUGAUUGAUGGUGGAGCCCACUGCCUGACGUCCAGUGUUGUGUCUUCUUCAUCUGACCGACAUGUCUGCUCCACUAGGGCCCAGGGGCGGCCCAUUGCCUCCUGCACAGACACAGGCUCCCGUGUCAGACAUACCGGACCUCAGUCACCUGACCGAGGAAGAGAGGAAAAUCAUUCUGGCUGUCAUGGACAGGCAGAAGAAAGAAGAGGAGAAGGAGCAGUCAGUGUUAAAGGUCAAAGAAGAACAAAAAGCCCAGCCGGCACAGUGGUUUCCCUUUAGUGGGAUCACUGAGCUGGUUAAUAACGUUCUUCAGCCACAGCCAAAAGAGCAAAAUGAAAAGGAGCCGGAGAUAAAAUUGCACCAGCAGUUUGAAAUGUACAAGGAGCAGGUGAAGAAGAUGGGUGAGGAAUCACAGCCGCAGCAGGAGCAGAAGGGCGACGCUCCAACCUGUGGAAUCUGCCACAAAACAAAGUUUGCCGAUGGCUGUGGCCAUAACUGUUCGUAUUGCCAAACUAAAUUCUGCGCGCGGUGCGGAGGGCGAGUUUCUCUGCGCUCAAACAAGGAGGACAAAGUGGUAAUUUGGGUAUGUAAUUUGUGCCGAAAACAACAAGAAAUCCUCACCAAAUCAGGGGCCUGGUUUUACAACAGUGGGUCAAGCACACCCCAAAAGCCUGGCGAACAGCACCAGGCAGGGUACCAAACGGAAGAAGCACCUCAGGAGAAAAAAGCUAAGCUACAAGAGCAGUCCCAAUACCAGGGACCCUCAGGGGACUUACUAACACCAGCCUCGGACAAAAACUGUCCGCAAGGGAUCGUCCGGCAAGAUUCCAUCAAAAAUGGUUCCGAAGUGAAGCACCCAAUUCCUGGCAACCUCUCCUCUGACAGGAAAAGAAGCCCUUCAAUACCUAGAGACCAGAAUCCGAGAUAUAACACAAGGGACGAUAUAGGUGAACAUUCACAGCAUGCUUCAUCAGACAGCGCCAUGCCUAGAUCACCAUCAGAUUACUCGGAGAAUCGAUUGCAACGAGAGUCUCAGCUCUAUGAUGAACCUGAGCACGAUGACUACAGGAGAAGUAGGCGGCGCUCCAAUGAGUAUUCGGUUGAUGAGGAGGAUAUCCAGGACAGGGAGGAAUAUGAAAGGCAGAAAAGAGAGGAGGAGUACCAGGCAAGGUACAGGAGUGACCCCAAUUUGGCCAGGUACCCUGUUAAGCCGCAACCAUAUGAAGAGCAAAUGCGCAUCCAUGCAGAGGUUUCAAGGGCUCGACAACGAAGGCACAGUGAUGUGUCUUUGGCUCAGACAGAAUUUGAGGAGUCUCGGAUGUCAACGUUAAGGAUGGAGCGACCUUCAAGGCAGAGAUCUGCAUCAGAGCGUAGAGCAGCGAUGGAAAGCCAGCGUUCUUAUUCAAUAGAAAGAACUAGAGAUGUGCAAGGGCCAGGUCCUGGUCGGCAAAGGAACUCAAAUCAUAGUCCCCCAACGCCGAGAAGGAGUCCUAUUCCCAAUGAUAGGCCAGAUAUGAGGCGCACAGAUUCCUUACGGAAACAGCACCACUUGGACCCAAGUUCCGCCGUAAGGAAAACCAAAAGGGAAAAAAUGGAAACUAUGUUAAGGAACGAUUCUCUUAGCUCAGAUCAGUCUGAAUCUGUGCGGCCCCCACCACCAAAGCCUCAUAAAACAAAAAAGGGAGGUAAAAUGCGUCAGGUUUCCUUGAGCAGUUCAGAAGAAGAGUUUGCUUCUACGCCGGAAUACACGAGCUGUGAUGAUGUGGAGAUUGAAAGUGAAAGUGUUAGUGAGAAAGGGGACAGUCAAAGGGAAAAAAGAAAAACUAGUGAGCAGGCAGUUUUGUCGGACUCUAACAUCUUGUCUGAAAGACAAAAGAAAAUGGUGUGCUUUGGAGGCCACUCUUUGGAAGAGGAUUUGGAAUGGUCUGAGCCUCAGAUUAAAGACUCUGGGGUAGACACCUGUAGUAGCACCACCCUUAACGAAGAGCAUAGUCAUAGCGAGAAGCACCCUGUCACGUGGCAACCUUCCAAAGAUGGAGACCGCUUAAUUGGUCGCAUAUUAUUAAACAAGCGGCUGAAAGAUGGGAGUGUUCCGCGAGAUUCUGGAGCCAUGCUGGGGCUGAAGGUCGUUGGAGGGAAAAUGACAGAAUCAGGUCGACUUUGUGCUUUUAUCACCAAAGUGAAGAAGGGAAGCCUGGCAGAUACAGUAGGCCAUCUCCGACCGGGUGAUGAGGUUUUAGAAUGGAGUGGGCAUAUUUUGCAAGGGGCAACGUUUGAAGAAGUUUACAAUAUUAUACUGGAGUCCAAAUCUGAGGCACAAGUAGAAUUAUUGGUCUCCAGACCCAUAGGAGAUAUACCCAGGAUUCCUGAUAGCACACACGCACAACUGGAAUCCAGUUCUAGCUCAUUUGAAUCCCAGAAAAUGGAUCGCCCUUCUAUUUCAGUUACUUCCCCCAUGAGUCCUGGAAUGUUACGGGAUGUCCCCCAGUUCCUUUCUGGACAACUUUCAAGCCAAAGCCUUAAUAGAAGAACAGCGCCUUUUGUUCCUAGGGUUCAGAUUAAACUCUGGUAUGACAAGGUUGGCCACCAGUUAAUUGUUACUAUGUUAGGAGCAAAAGAUCUGCCGUCGCGGGAAGAUGGGAGACCGAGAAAUCCUUAUGUAAAAAUUUACUUCCUUCCAGAUCGAAGUGAUAAGAACAAAAGGAGAACAAAGACUGUGAAGAAAACCGUAGAGCCCAAAUGGAACCAAACAUUCAUUUAUUCUCCAGUUCAUCGGAGGGAAUUUCGAGAGAGAAUGUUGGAAAUAACACUUUGGGAUCAAGCUCGGGUUCGAGAAGAUGAGAGUGAAUUUUUGGGAGAGAUUCUAAUUGAAUUAGAAACUGCACUAUUAGAUGAUGAGCCACAUUGGUACAAGCUACAGACGCACGAUGUGUCUUCAUUGCCACUUCCACACCCGUCCCCGUUCAUGCAAAGGAGGCAGCUGCAUGGCGAGAGUCCAACCCGGAGGUUGCAAAAUAAAGGCUCAUAUUCAUAUAAUUCAGGGUCCAAGAGGAUAAGCGACAGCGAAGUGUCUGACUACGACUGUGAUGAUGGCGUUGGGGUUGUGUCAGAUUUCCGGCAUAAUGGGCGUGACCUGCAAAGUUCAACGUUAUCUGUUCCGGAUCAAGUAAUGUCGUCCAAUCACUGUUCCCGGACUGGGUCCCCGCAUGUAGACAGCAUAGGAAGAACGAAGUCGUGGUCUCCCAGUGUCCCUCCUCCUCAAAGUAGGAAUUUGGAACAGGGGCCGAGAGGGACAAGAUCUGGCCCUGCACAAUACAAUACCAUGAGCAGAGUGGAAAGGCAUCGAGUAUUAGAUAACCACUACUCCCCAGACAGAGACAGGAAUUGUGAAGCGGCAGAUAGACAGCCAUAUCAAAGAUCCAGGUCAACUGAACAACGGCCUGUACUGGAGCGGACCAGCUCCCGCUCCCGAUCUACUGAGCGUCCUGACUCAAACGUCAUGAGGUCGAUGCCUUCAUUAAUGACGGGAAGAUCUGCCCCACCUUCACCCGCCUUAUCGAGGGCACAUCCCCCUCGGACUGGCUCGGUUCAGACAAGUCCAUCAGGCACCCCAUUAGCAGGACGAAGGGGACGCCAGCUCCCACAGCUUCCCCCAAAGGGCACAUUAGAAAGAAAAGUUACUUGGGAAGACCAGCAAAGAAAGGUGAAUGGUUCAAUAACUGAUGACAAUUUGCAAAGAAAGAAACUGCAUUCUGAGCCAGAAGAUGUGGAUUCAACACGGAGACGGAACCCAGAGGAAAAGCCUGCAGAACAAGAAAAUGGGAACCCAGGUGCUAUGGACGUAGAGGAAAAGACGCGACAGCUGAAAAUGAAGAUUAACAAAUACAAGCAGGUGGCGGGAUCAGAUUCUAGGCUAGAGAAAGAUUACCAUCCAAAGUAUCGGACGGGGCGAGAUCCGCAGAGGGGUUCAGACAACAUGUCCAACAAAUCGUCAGACAGUGAUGUCAGUGAUGUGUCUGCUGUAUCACGGACCAGCAGCGCCUCUCGUUUUAGUAGUACGAGUUAUAUGUCUGUGCAGUCGGAAAGGCCUCGAGGGAACAUGAAAAUAGGUAGAAGGGCAAGGGAAGUAGAGGAGAAAAUAGAGAGGAAUGAGGGAGGGCAGCAUAACAAAGAAAUGGGUUUUCUGGAGGAAGAGGAGGAUGUUAGGCAGGAAGUAGAUAGUGAGAAGGAAACAGAAGUGCAGCGUAUAAAUGACAGCGGUAUGAAGGGGCCAAGCAAAGAAAGUGUAAAGGAAGAGAGUCAACAGAAUGAGAGAGAUGAGGAAAGCCAUGAUGUGGAGGAAGCCCAUAAUGACAAUCUGCCAAGGAGGUCCUCAGAGAAUGACGUAAGUGCGUUGGCAUCCAAAAUGCAAAGCAGGCAAAUGGGCGUCUCAGGGAAGAACAUGACCAAAAGUACCAGCAUUGGAGGGGAUAUGUACACCCUGGAGAAGAAUGACGGAAGCCAAUCCGACACGGCUGUGGGCUCUGUGGGUGCGGGUGGAAAGAAGAGACGGUCGAGCAUAGGAGCCAAAAUGGUGGCCAUCGUGGGCUUGUCGCGAAAAAGCCGAAGUACCUCACAGCUCAGCCAAACAGAAGUCGGAGGGAAGAAGCUGAAAAGCACCAUCCAGAGAAGUACGGAAACAGGCCUGGCAGUGGAAAUGAGAAACUGGAUGACACGACAAGCCAGCAGGGAGUCUACAGACGGGAGUAUGAACAGCUACAGCUCAGAGGGGAAUCUAAUAUUCCCUGGUGUCCGGCUGGCUUCCGACAGCCAGUUCAGUGACUUUUUGGAUGGUAUUGGUCCUGCUCAGCUGGUUGGUCGCCAGACUUUGGCCACAACGUCUUUGGGAGAUAUUCAGGUGGGAAUGGCUGACAAAAAAGGACAGUUGGAGGUGGAGGUUAUACGAGCCCGUGGUCUUGUGGUUAAACCAGGCUCAAAGACACUGCCAGCACCAUAUGUAAAGGUGUAUCUCCUAGAAAAUGGAGUGUGCAUAGCCAAAAAGAAAACAAAAGUUGCAAGAAAAACGCUGGAGCCUCUGUACCAGCAAGUGUUGGCUUUUGAGGAAUCACCACAAGGGAAGGUCCUGCAGAUAAUCAUUUGGGGUGACUAUGGACGCAUGGACCACAAGUCCUUCAUGGGGGUGGCUCAGAUACUUUUAGAUGAACUGGACCUAUCCAGCAUGGUGAUUGGAUGGUAUAAACUUUUCCCCCCUUCCUCUUUAGUAGACCCAACAUUGGCUCCGCUCACUAGGAGAGCUUCCCAAUCAUCUCUUGAAAGCUCCACGGGACCUUCUUAUGCUCGUUCAUAGCAUCUGUGAAAAGCAAAACUUGUCUGUGCAACCAGCGUUUCAAAAAAAUUUUUAAAAUCUCAACAAAACGACAGGUCGCAAACCCUGGUGAACACUGCAUGCUUAAUGUUGUGUCUUCUGAGCCUGUUUCUAGGGAUUCCAAGCGAUCCCGUGUUCUCAGAGGAAGUUGCACACAUUGUGCACUAAAGAAGGCUCUCAGGUGAACGAGUGGAGUUACGCAAGACCAACGGGUUUGGAGACCGGGGAAGUUCAGUUCUAGAUGAAUCUGAAGCCAUGGAUUACUGACACUAUUAUAAAAAAAAUCAAUAUUUCAUGCAACAACAGUCAUAAUCAAUGACGUCAUAUUGUUGCUAAUUUUUUUAGAAAAAAAUAUUUAAUUUUUCUAUUUGACCCCAAAGACCGGGAAUGAGAUCUUAAGCAAACAGGCCAGAGAUCUAGGAGAAGACAGAAGAAAGUGGUGGCCCAAUGAUAUUAAGGACAGUCGCUAAAAGAUAUAAACACAGCCCAUUCGCUUUGGAAAGGUUGGCUUAGCAUUUACAAAAAGAGCCCAUACGAAAGAUCUCUCCAGGGAAGAUUUUUUUUGUUCCCCCUGUGGUUAUUCUGUACUGUAUGAAACUGAAAGGAAACUUUUUUUUCUGCAUGGACAUGGAUCUAAGUGAACUCUAAAAAAAAAAAAAUGAUUUUAUUUGGGCUGCAACUUGCAAAAAAAACAAAAAUAAACCACAAAAUAAAAGAAACGAAUCAGCCAUUUUCAACAAUUUAUAUUAUUUUUAAGGGAAAAAAAAUGUCACUAGUGCAUGUUUUAAAAGGGAGAGAAUGCAAAAGAGCGAUACAAUGACAAAAAAAAACAAGACGUUUAUCAUUCUUAAAAAAAAAACAAUCACAGUCUGUGUUUUUUGCAGACUUCUAUUCAAAAAAUGAAGAAUUUAUAGCAAAUAUUUAAAAUUCUGUUGAUGUGACGAGAAAUAAAUGUAACAUAUUGAUUUAUUGAAAUGUAAAAGGUACAAGCCUUGUAAAGUUGAACAUUAACGUGCAGAAUUGUACAUUGUCUCUUUCUAUCAUCCGUCUUUGCAUUUUGUCCUUCCGCCCCGUGUUCCCAUCGGAUGACGGAUUCUGAUGCUUUUUUUGAUCGAGGAUGGCAGAUUUUUUUUGCCCCCUGCAUUCUUGUAUUGUCUGAUUUUGAAAAAAAAGAUAUCACUGCAUUAAAGCCUUUUCUGAUCCACGUGGGAUAGAAUAUUUUCUUUCAUUCAAGCAUGUUGGGGGGAAAAAAAAAAUAAAAAUUUUGCAACAUGGCCUGAGAAUUCAGCAUGUAUUUGUUAUAGAAGAUAUUUGAACUUUUUUGCAAUAUCUUGUACAGUGCAUGGUAACUAUUUUUUCACCAUCAGCUCGAGUCCUUCAGAAAAAUAACGGAAUUAUGCGGCCAUUGUAAAAUCUUUUUACAAAUGUAUUUCUUUCCAGCACCCACCGGAACAGAUUUAUGGUGGAACCAAAAAAUAAAAAAAUUUAUUUUAAUUUUUUUUUUUUUUUAAGGGAGGAAUCCCUUUUUUGCACAUGAGUUCUGAGUACUACCAAGUUGUUUUUGUUCUUUAAAAGAUACACCAAGUGCUUUCAGAAGCACCAAUAGAACUGUUUCUGAAUGUGUUCGCUCUAACGCUCACACGCGUUUCUCAGAUGUGUAGCAGUCGCCCGCGGCUCCGUGUUGGUGACCCCUGUGACUUGGAAGCACACGUUGAACUCUCAUGCACAUCUGCCUCUAUAAUGUCUCAGUUCUACUUAAGCAAAAACAAAGUAUAUUUUUUUUAGGGGAGGGGGUGUUUUUACUCUGAAACGAAAAAGGAAAACAGAAAAAAGUCCAAAUUAGCUGUCGCGUUUCGAACCUUUAAGUCUCUUUCAUCUGGCUAUGAACCGUGUGUGCGUCUUUAUCUGUGCACAUAUAUGUCAAGAUACUUUUAGAUAGUUUGUGUUUAUAUGUAUAUGCAAGCAGAUGGGUGCACACACAAACAUAUCCAUUGAUAAUUAGCCGAUACAAUUAUCCCCGCCCCACCAAUUUGGUGUUGAAAAUAACCUUAGUCUAAAAUCAAGGUUGACGACAUGCAAAACUUUGAUUUUAUUUUUUUUGUUUCUGUAGCGCAACCUCACACCAAGCAAAGACUGGCUUUCAAUACAGUUGUUCGAUGAAUUUUGUCGGUUACAAAGUCACCGUUUUUAGAUGGUUUCAAACCAGCAAA